AUUUAUCCGUCGAUGUUUUAAUAAAAUUUUUUGUAAGAAAAUAUAUAUAUAUCCUAUAGUUCCUAUAGUUAAUAUUCAUUAUUAAAGUCAACAAAAAAUGAUUAAAAGAAAAUCACUUUUAUUAUUAUUGGUUCCUUUCCUAUUAUUAUGUGUCAAUGCUAAUACUGCGACACAAAACUAUAUUUCUAGAGGAGUUGAUAUAGAUCGCUCAAACAUACCCAAAAAUAUUAUGUUUGCUUCUUUUCCUGGCGGAAGAAGUCAUGUUAAACCAAUGUUAGAUAUUGCUACGAUAUUGGUUGAAAGAGGUUACAAUGUGAUUUUAGUAGCGUCAGGAGAAAAUGAUACAUCAAUAGAAUACCCAGCUAUCAAGCAAAUUUCAUUAGGUCCUAAAAUAGGCUUGAGAGAUAUUGGAAUUGAAGUCAAUAACGAAGCAAUUACUUUUGAUAAAAUGUCAAAACUUUUGGAAUUAGGCGCAAAAUCCUACGAAAGAGUAUAUGAAAUAUACAAAAGUGUUGCUGAAGAAUAUAAUACCGACUUAUUUUUUUGCGAUUUACUGCUAAAUGAUGCUUGUAUAGACAUUGCUCACGCCCUAAAGAAACCUGUUGUCGGAUUCACUUCAGGACUUCGAAUAAUGGAUCCUAAGCCAUAUAAAUCUGAUCCGAUGUUCGGCUGUAGCAUUUCAUUAGAAAAUGCAUCAAUUUUGGAAAGAUUUAGAUGUAAUUUCAUUCAACCUUUACUAUUUAUUUAUUCAUUUAAUAGCAUUAUGAAUCAAAUAAAUGAUGUAAGAAAACAAUUGAAUAUUGAACCUGGUAAUAUUGCUCUUGGAAGAGGUGUGAAAUCCUCUUUAGUUUUGAUUGAUACUUUCUUCGGUUUUGAGCUACCGCAGACUUUACCACCGUAUGUUCAGGACAUCGGACCGAUAUUAUCAGAAGAAUAUCCACCACUUUCACCAGAACUUUCUUAUUUUAUAAAUGGGCAUGAACGCGUUCUAUAUGUAGCUUUUGGUACACGUUUCUUUACAACCACUGAUAACAACAGUAAACUUUUACAAUCGUUUAUUGAAGCAAUCAAUAAAAAAAUAGUUGAUGGCGUAGUUUGGGCAUUAGUUGAGACAUCAAAAGAUAAUUUCCAUCCUACAUUAAAGUUAUCUGAUGGUACACAAGUUCAAACUUCACCAAUACUAAAUAACGAACAUCCACAUAUUCAUAUUACAAAAUUUGCUCCACAAUUCACUGUACUUAAUCAUACCAAUACGAAAUUGUUUGUUAGUCAUGGAGGAGCAGGAAGUUCUCAUGAAACUCUAUAUACUGGUACUCCUGUGUUAGUUUUACCACAUGCUGGUGAUCAGAUAGGUAACGCACAAAAAUUGAUUACAGCUGGUGUAGCAUCAUCAUUAAGUUUAAAUAAUUUGGAUAUUAACGACAUUUUAAAUAAAAUGGAUUCAUUAUUAAAGGAUGAGAAAGUAAAGAAAAAUUCAGAAAGAAUGAAAGUUUUAGCUAAAAUUAAUAGUAAGAGAAAGUUUAGAGCUGCUGAUUUGAUUGAAUAUAUGUUACAUAGUAGUACUUUUGUAGAAGAUUUUAAUAAUGACUUUUUAAAGGAAUGGUUCCCUGCUGAUACUAGGAUGGGAAUUAUUAGAGCAAAUAAUCUUGAUAUUUUUGCAAUUUUAUUAAUCAUCAUUCUUAGUAUUAUCGGGUUUAUUGUAGUUAAAUUAAUUAAAUUAUUUAGAUUUUUAUUAAUGAAUCCUUCGUCCGAUGAUCGAAAAUCAAAAAGAGAAUAACCAUUUUUUGAUUUCAUAAUUUGAAUAAUUAUUUUAUAAAU